CACCAUAAUAAUUUACAUGUGAUAAAGCACGAAGGUUUCAAGUGUUUUCUCAAAAGUGGUUUCACACUAAAGGCGACGGCAGCUUUCCUCCACUUGGCAACAAGAAUGGCCGACAAUGUAAGUUUAAAAGGAAGAUUGGCGCUGGUCACCGGAUCGACUACUGGUAUCGGACGGGGCAUUGCUCACGGCCUGGCAAAGAGGGGCUGCUCUGUGAUUCUCACAGGGCUGAUCAAAGAGGAGGAAAUCCCGGGACUGCUCUCAGAGUUUCAAUCGUAAGUUACACAAUUUUUAAAAAAAAAUUUCAAAGUGAUGCAAAGUGUAACUUUCGUUUUGAUAACAACUGUUUGGUCGUCACCAGGCAGAUGAUGGAGAUUAAAGCGUGAUCGAUAUAUUUUAUAUAAAGGAUUACCGUGGAAUAGGAUGUCAUUCUUUUGACUGAAUUCGUAGAAUUUGAAUUGAACUGAAAUCCUAGAAAACUUCAUUACCCCCCGAAUCCAGAAAUGUAACAGAAAUGUAACUGACUUAAAGCAGAAAUUUAACUGAAUUAUAACAGAAAUGUAACUAGUAUGUAACAGAAAUGUAACUGAAAUGUAGCUGAAUUUUUUUUUGAAAACUCAAAAUUAUAGGAGUAUUUGAUCUAUUCCAAUCCACGAUUUAAAAUUCAUUUCAUGUGGACCGGAAGUUUCGUCAGUCCGUUUCACUUUAAGAUUGCGAGAUGAAUUUACAAGAGUCUGAACAACUAAACAUUUAUUAUGCAACGACAUAUUUUUAAAAAGGUUGCUAGAUGGCUGACAGUCAUCAAGAGCCCGGAUGGUGUCUGUUUAGAAACUCAGUUCAAACUUGGUAAGGAGAGCCAGUGUUAUUCGAUCAAACGCUCCCCAAAAAACGGGGAACUCUCCGAGGGCAGGCUCAUGGGGCCUCAUAUUCAGAUACGUCAUAAGGGCAGCCUUAUAGGGCCUCAGACUCGUUUUCGUCAUAAGGGCAGCCUCAUGGGGCCUCAGACUCGGAUACGUCAUAAGGGAAGCCUCAUGGGGCCUCAGACUCAGAUACGUCAUAAGGGCAUCAGACUCGUUUACGUCAUAAGGGCAGCCUCAUGGGGCCUCAGAUUCAGAUUUUUCAGUAAAUCAUCGUAUGGUGUUUAUGUGCAAUUAUUUGUUGUUGUUUUUUUAAUUUAGCAAAGUACUCUUUGUUGGCUAUCCAUUCGCCGCCAUGUUUGGGAACGAGUUACAUUAUAUAUAUAUAUAUAUAUAUAUAUAUAUAUAUAUAAACAACAACUAACACACUAUAAAUAAUCUCUUUCAGCAAGUACGAGGGAGAGUUUCAGUUUAUCCCGAGUGACUUCCUCCUGGGGGAGACAACCGAAAGUUUCUGUAAACAAGUUAUCGCAGAGUAUCCAGGGGGCGUGGAUAUCCUGGUCAAUAAUGCGGGUAAUUUAAUUAUGGAUUAGACCAAGGGAUCUCACAGUUUUGGAAUUUUUGUACCUGUUAAAUAAAUUGGUAAAACUAGCAUGCGCAUAUUCCGUAAUUAGGCGCGGAAAGCCGUAUGUAGGUGUGUCAUGGCUGUGUACCACCUGGAGCAACUUUUAAGGUCGUAAGUAGGUGUGUCUUGGCUGUGUACCAAAUGGAGCAACUUUAAAGGUCGUAUGUAAGUGUGUCUUGGCUGUGUACCAAAUGGAGCAACUUUAAAGCUCGUAUGUAGGUGUGUCAUGGCUGUGUACCACCUGGAGCAACUUUAAAGGUCGUAUGUAAGUGUGUCUUGGCUGUGUCCCAAAUGGAGCAACUUUAAAGGUUGUAUGUAAGUGUGUUUUGGCUGUGUCCCAAAUGGAGCAACUUUAAAGGUUGUAUGUAAGUGUGUUUUGGCUGUGUACCAAAUGGAGCAUUUUUAAAGGUCGUAUGUAAGUGUGUGUUGGCUGUGUACCAAAUGGAGCAACUUUAAAGGUCGUAUGUAAGUGUGUCUUGGCUGUGUACCAAAUGGAGCAACUUUAAAGGUCGUAUGUAGGUGUGUCAUGGCUGUGUACCACCUGGAGCAACUUUAAAGGUCGUAUGUAAGUGUGUCUUGGCUGUGUACCAAAUGGAGCAACUUUAAAGGUCGUAUGUAAGUGUGUCAUGGCUGUGUACAAAAUGGAGCAACUUUAAAGGUCGUAUGUAAGUGUGUCUUGGCUGUGUACCAAAUGGAGCAACUUUAAAGGUCGUAUGUAAGUGUGUCAUGGCUGUGUACCAAAUGGAGCAACUUUAAAGGUCGUAUGUAAGUGUGUCUUGGCUGUGUACCAAAUGGAGCAACUUUAAAGGUCGUAUGUAAGUGUGUCUUGGCUGUGUACCAAAUGGAGCAACUUUAAAGGUCGUAUGUAAGUGUGUCUUGGCUGUGUACCACCUUGAGCAACUUUAAAGGCGUAUGCAGGUGUGUCAUGUGUGUGUACCACCUGGAGCAAUUUAAUCCACUAAUGCUACAGGUACACACGUUUGAACGACAGUGCAUUAAGCGUUAAUCCCCCAGACGUUAAUCACAACAAAAAAAUACGCUAUUAUUAUUUUUAAAAUUUUAAUACGUCUAACAAAGGUCAAUCUGGGAAACAAAUCUAUUACCUGUAGCAAUCGAAAUUUUGAGGCGCAAAAUGUUAUAGCAAAGUGUAGAAGGAAUACCGUUUCAGUCUUCAUAGUGGUGUCUGUUGCAUAAUAAUACAACAUUAUUGUACGUCAGUGGUUCUUAACCUUUUUGGAGGUACCGAACCCCACCAGUUUCAUAUGCGCAUUCACCAAACCCUUAUUUAUAGGAAAAAUAAAAUAUCAUUUUUUAAAUUAUUUUGUUUUGGACCUCCACCGAACCCUUGAGACUGACUCAUCGAACCCAGUUUAAGAACCUCUGUUGUACGUGUAGGGUUACUGCUAACGCUUACAGAUACUUGAUCCAAGUGGCAUGUUCUUGAAAAUCGGUUCACUUCAUGAGCUUAUCAAUUGGUUAAUAAUGCAAUUUCUUAGCUAUAAGUUUACAUGGUAUCUAUUUAUCAGUCACGUUGGAUACCAUAGAAGGGCUUCUUUAAAAAAAAACAACCAAAAAAACGAGAACUGUUGUAACAUUAAGAGAUAACAUAAUACUAUAUAUAUAUACAUCACAAGCAAACAUUUAGAGAUAGCCUAACACUAUGCAUGGAGAAAACGAACCGACCAGGAAUUGUAUAAAUUAUAUCAGGAUCCUACGCUAGUAGCAGAAAUAAAAAAGAAGGCCACAUGACAGAGAAAUGAAGAGGGUGCACCACCCACACAAAAAAACAAAAACAAAAAAAAACCCAGAAGAAAACGUCUCAAAGGCAGACCAAGGCUUAGACUGAUGGACCAUGUCGACAGUUAUCUACAGCAGUUUGGAAUCCAAGCUUGGAAAAGAAAAGCAUCAGUUAGGUCUGAGGGGGAGGAAGUGGUGAGGCAGACCAAAGCCCUGCAUGGGCUUGGAUAACAUUUUAUACAUCCAUAUAUGCAUCCCUAUAUACAUCCCUAUGUACAUCCCCAUAUACAUCCCUAUGUACAUCCCUAUAUACAUCCCUAUAUGCGUCACUUUAUACAAUAGGUUAAUAAGGGGAGAGAUUACAAUCAGGUUAGCACAAUAUAAAAUUAGUAAAACAGAGAAGGGUUAAACCUGAAAAAAGAAACGCAACAAAACAACGAACGUGUCGGCAGAAAGCCUUCGUCAGCGAACAAAACAACAGAAAAAACCGUAUAAAAAUAAGAAAUAUCACUUAGCUAGGACGUGGCAUCCGAGGGCAGCAAACAAACAAAAAACAAGUUCGUUGUUUUGUUGCGUUUCUUUGUUCAGGUUUAACCCUACUCUGUUUUACUCAUUUUAUACUUUAUACACUAAUUGGCCCAAAACAUUAAAGCCACGACUUUCUUGAGUCCUUGAUCCCCCCAGGCCUCCGUCCCCAACACCACCCCCCCCCCUAGAUACAAUUAAGGUUUUUUUGUUUUUUUUACUGCAAAAAAUAAAUAGUUUUCGGCCAUAUCACUUACGAAUGUAUCAUCUUAAAGCAGAUUUCUUCAAUAUAUUUUUUUGUUUCCAGGCUUACCAGGACGAGGCCCGAUCGAAAGUCUGCCUUUCAAAGUCUGGAACGACACGCUAGCAGUUAAUCUGACGGCACCGUUUCUGCUCACACAGACAUUCUUCCCUCUGAUGAAGAACAAAGGUGACGUAUACACACUCCUGUCGAUUACCUUCGUCGUUAACCUCUAGAUUACACAGUUUACUUUCAUUGAAAUACAUUUUUUUUUUCAUGAAAGGUUAUUGUCACAGUAAAUAUUUAUGUAUUUCAGCCCCCCCCCCUUUUUCCUCCAUUUAUUUGCCCACUCAUUAACACAAGGAUACAAACAACAACAACAACAACAAACAAACAAACAAACAUUUCAAAAAAUUAAGAAUGUCAUUUUGACCUUAAGCUCCGUCAAAUUCUUAUACGUAAAAGAAUGACAUGUCAGCCCUGGCAUUGUCAUGACAUGUCAGCCCUGGCAUUGUCAUGACAUGUCAGCCCUGGCAUUGUCAUGACAAGUCAGCCAUGGAAUUGCUCAGAAAGAAGCCCCAAAUAAAUUGUUUGCUUGAAGUUCUGACUUGAGACGUGGAUGACGCCCCUGAACACAUGGUUGUGGAAUCUUCUUAAAUUACAUUUAAGCCUUUUCUAAAAAAAUGAUAAGCUUCUUUUACAAUGGUAUGGCUCAACAGCGUCUAGAUAACGAGUCAGCUGUCGAAUUGUUUAAAAAAAAAUAUAAAAAAAUUAAACAAUUAGAAAAGAUAAAAAAGUAAAUAAAUUAAAGCAUGCUUUAGCAAGUGAUAUCAUUUUAGCCAGAGUGAUUUUUUAAAAAUUAUCUUUGCCAUGCAUGUCCCCCCCCCCCCCCCCCCCCAAUUUAGUUAUUUUUCUCUUAAACAAGUGAACCUUGCAACCAGUGAAAUAUCCUCUUCAAGGCCAGCCACCGGAGCAGUGCAUAUCCCUCUACAUACUUAGGUGCCAGAGUAAUCAAUACAUUGAUCGUGUGCCCUAAAUAAAUAAUUAUUAAUAAUAAAAUAAAUAAAAAAUUUAAAUUAAAAAAAAAAAAAAAAAAAAAAAAAAAAAAAAAAAAAAAAAAAAAAAAAAAAAAAAAAAAAAAAAAAAAAAAAAAGAAGAAGUAGAACAUGUGCACCAUGGGAAAUUCGCCUACCACUUCCUGUCAUUUCCUGCUCUACCCAUAAUGCCCCUUCAACUUCCUGGAAAUGAUUUUUUUCUUUAAAUAGUCGUAGCUUGUUGUAUAAUAAAUAAGAUAAUACUUCAUUUAAAAAUUGGUUUUAAGUGGUACCCUCCUUAGGAGUAAACGUAAACCAUGAUCUUGUCUCAAAGGCUGGGGUCGCGUCAUCAACAUGGCGUCUCAGAUGGGUCUGAUCGGUGGGGAUGGAAAGCUGGCGUACUGCACAACAAAGGCGGGACUUAUUGGAUUUUCAAGGGUACAGUGUAUUUUUAUAUAAACAUAAUUACAUGCCACAUACAUUUAUAGCUUCCUAAACAUAUUUAGAAUUACAACAGUUUCACAUUAAGAGGUUGUCAAUAAUAAUAAAGAUAUUUUUUUUAAUUAAAAAAAAAAUUUGCCAUUAGGGGGACGGGAUGGGCUUGGGGGGGGGGGAUCAUUUAGCCUAUAAGGAAUGAAGAGGAACGUGAUAUAAUUGGUUGUAGUUUAAUUUUAAACGUUGAUGGCUGAAUUUUAUUUUAAAUUUUUUCUUUGGCUCCACUGACACUUCGUCUGAAUCUCAUAACAUUAAUCUUCCUCUGUCAUACACACACACACACACACACACACACACACACAUAUAUAUAUAUAUAUAUAUAUAUAUAUAUAUAUAUAUAUAUAUAUAUAUAUAUAUAUUCUCUCUCUCACACACACACACACACACACACACACACACACACAUAUAUAUAUAUAUAUAUAUAUAUAUAUAUAUAUAUAUAUAUAUAUAUAUAUAUAUAUUUGAUAGCAGACUAAGGAUGUGACACUUAGACUUGUAUCUUCAAAACAGGUUGUAGCCCUGGAAGGUGCCCAGUUUGGCGUUACCUGCAAUGCGAUCUGCCCUGGCUUUGUUGAUGCCCCAAGUGAGUAGCAGGAGGCUUACAUUUUUUAUUUGUGGGCAUUUGUUUUAAACACGUUCAUUGGACCCAUCGGGAUGAUAAUACUGCUACCACUGCUACUACUUCUACUACUACAACUGUUACUAGUACUACUACUAAUACUUUUUAUGUUAUUGAGAUACUAUUAUCUUAAAUUUAAAAUAAAUUAAUAUUUUAAGUUAAAAAUUGUGCAAAGGUUCUCAUAUUCUACUACUACUGUUACUAUUACUAUUUCUACCACGACAACAACAACUACUACUACUACUACUACUACUACUACUACUACUACUACUACUGCUGCUGCUACUACUGCUACUGCUACUGCUUUUAAAACUUCUACUACUGCUGCUACUACUGCGACUACUGCUACUACUGCUACUACUACUGCUACUAGAACUUCCACUACUGCUACUAUUACUUCUACUACUACUACUUCUACUACUACUACUACUACUACUACUACUACUACUACUAAUACUACCAUCUACAUGGUUUUAUCUAUCAUUCUGCUUCAACUCCUAGAAGGCUAUACAGAUUCUAUGACAUUCCAAUGGAAGUUUACCUGCAAGAUUUUCAAUGGAAAGAUACUGAACUUUUCUCGCCGUAGUCAGACAGAAACUUAUCCUCCAAGAACUUUUGAUGCCCACCUCCAUUUAAAAAAAAUAAUAAUAAUGUAGCUAUUCAUGUUUUGCACGGGAUAUUACAACUAUGCGGAACUGAACUUGAACUGACCUCCAAUUUCAAAGUUGUGAAUGUUGUCAUUUAAAAACGCUAACAAGACAUUUGAGGAAAUACUUUUUAAAAAAAUUUAUGACGGAAAAAAUUAUGCCCGAAAGUUCUAUACAAAUCUUACCCCCCCCCCUCAUGGGCGCCCGCAGGAAGGGGCAAGGGGGGCACUUGCCCCCCCCCUGGAUUGAUUGGAUAAAAUUUUUUUUAGAUAAAAAUAGACAAAAAAUGUAUUAAAGUAAAGAAAAAAUAAAGAAAAAGAAACCAAGCUGAUGUCCUGUCCGUUCGUUCACCAUACAAAUACGCUCCAGUAAAUUAAAACUAUAUUAAAACAUUACUAAAAAACUUUUGCCCCCUCCCUUUUCCCAAACCUAAAUUUUUUUCAGCAUUCAUGAUAUGUUUUUAAAGCAAAGGAAGAAAUACACAGAGGGGGUGCUAUCCUAAAGUUGGCAAACUUACUUUCAUGAAACGUUGCCGAAUUUAGAGUCGAUUUGUAACCGAAUGAUGGAUUCGUUUUCUGCGUCCUCAAACAGUGAGAGUGAAAGCGAACACUCAGCUAGUGAAUUCCAGGGCUGUGAAAUCUAGGCUUGAGAAUACUUAGUUUUCUUUCGACAUAAUUUUAAAAAAAAAUUGGAACAUUGUUCACAGAUGUUGGGUAAUCAGGUUGUUGAUUUGUUUUGUUUUCCCCACAGGAAAGCAGAACAUAAUAAAUAAUAGUUCUAUAUUGGUAUCUUGGCUGCGUUUGCCUGUUCUCUCUUUUUUUUCCCAUAGUGUGUCACAGCAUGGUCGAAAAGGAAGCAGCACUCAAAGGGAUAUCUUUUGAACAGAGCAAGGUAAGCAUGUCGCCUUUCCUAAGCCCCUGUAUUCAUCCUGCGUUUGGGUUAAACAAUAUAUGGGCAAUAAAUGGAGAUAUAUAGGCAAUAUACGGGAAAUAUUUAUAAAAAUAUUUAUUCAAUAUAUAGGCAAUAUGUAAGUAAUAUUGGCAAUAUGUAAGUAAUAUAGGCUAUGUAUAAGAAAUAUAUAGCAAUACAUAGGAAAUAUAGAUAGGAAAUAUGAAAUAUAUGGGCAAUACAUAGCAAUAUAUAAGAAAUAUAUAGAAAAUAUAUAGCAAUAUAUAGAAAAUAUAUAGGAAAUAUAUAGGCAAUAUAUUUCAAUAUAUAGGCAAUAUAUAGCAUUGUGUAUGAAAUAUAUAGGACAUACAUAGGAAAUACUUGGGGAAUAUAUAUCAAUAUAUGGGCCAUAUAAGGCAGUAUAUAGCAUUAUAUAUGAAAUAUAUAGGCAAUAUAUAUCAAUAUAUAGAAAAUACAUAGCAAUAUAUAGGAAAUGUGAUAUAACCGAGAAGAGUGAUCAUGCCCCAAAAGUGUUCUCCCCUCGCAGAGGAGAAUCUGGGAGGUGCAUAGUGGGGAUGGCGCACAGGGCGCAACUCUUGAGGAUUAUUUUAAUAUAUAUUAGUAAAUGACAUGUGUUGGAGUCGGGGGGAGGGCGGGGGCGCGCAUUUUAAAGAUUUUUCCGCAACUGUUAUUUAUACAAGGCUUGCCACUGGUGACGUGUUUGAUAUUUUUUUGUAACAAUUUCUCCCCAGUUGGAGUUUGCCGAACAGCGAACCCCAAUGGCUCGUCUCGUCACCAUCGAUGAUCUGGCUGAACUUGCAGUGUUCCUGUGUUCGGAAGCUGCGUCGUGCAUCAGUGGCUCACCAAUCCCAAUAGACUCUGCAAACAUGGCCCGAUAAGCGUAUCAACAGGAGCCAUUGUCUUACACUUCGUGCGCAAAUAUUUCUAAAAAAUAAAUUUAAUUACAUAUUUUCUUUCCAACCGUUUAUGAAUAAGAGGAGGGGGGAUAAUUAUGUAAUUUUGUUUUCCUUACUUUGACUGAUUACGAGACUAACCCCCUUACUCUCGAACCCAUUCACAAAUGCAUACAGCGGGAUAAAUCCCGAUCAAAAACUCGCAUUGACUUGACACUUGUCUUUCUUAGACUGCCGCAUCAUGUCGACGUGGUUCCCAAGCAUAUUUCCCAGUUGACCGUCCCAUUUCAGCAGCCGUGUCCCGCCGUCUCGGUCGGUUGGACAUUCUUUAACGGUUGGAUUACCGCUACGGUAGGGUUUGUCGUUGUGAUGGCGGAAAUCUAUGUAUAGGACGAUCUCAUGAAAUGGAGGGAAGAUAUGAAUAAAACAUCCGGGGAUACCGUUUGGCCAAGCUCUCGACAGCCGUUCGGUCCUUCUUCUUUAAUGUGAGCCAGCGUAUUGGGUCUUAACCUAGGCCAGUGGUCGGAAAACUCAUUAGUCAAAAGAGCCAAAAAUCAGCAGCAGGACGAUUAAAAAUAAAAUUUGAGAGCCAAAUUUACCUUUCAAGAACCAUAUUUUUUUAAAAGUCAAAACCGAUUCGUGGCCAACACGCUGAGCCGCACUCAGGUCGCUAAAGGGCCGCAUGCAGCUCGCGAGCCGCAAUUUGCCGACCACUGAUUUAAACGAACACUUUUUUUUUUACAACGUUAUUGUAAGAAAGAUUGUACAAACAAAUUACUACUGCUAUAGACAUGCGGAAAUCCAUUGUUAGAAGCCAUGUUUUACGACAACCUUGUCUAAUAAUAGUAACAUUACGUCAUGCGAUGUGACGUAUUCCGAUCUUAGAAAUGACACACUCUAUUUUUUUUUAAUUAAUCAAUUUGCCCAGUCUUUGUUAAAUAUUCUAGUAAUACAUUUAUAACCAGAACUAUGUCUUUGAUUGGUAACAAAGCCAUGAUAAAGGUAACUUGGCUAAAAUACCAAGUGUAAAGACCUCUAGACCUUCAUUACGCAACGUGAAAUUAUUGACGAAGUUUUUAACUUGUUAUUUAGUGCCUUAUGGGAAACCGCCCCUGAAAUCUAUAAUCCACCAGCUUGUUUCCUAAAAGAAGAAAACAUAUAUUCACGAGAGAAAUAUACAAGCAUUAUUGGUCUUUCUAUCGCACGAUGUUGGGCUUUCAGAUUUUGCAUCAUGAGUACCAUUGGAGUAUCUUACGAAAUGUCUUAUCUCUCAGUGAUUUGACCUCCUCCACUUUGCAUUCAGAGAUGAUAAUUUAAAAAGCUCUAAAAUAUCCAAGGUCCCCUGAAGCCGAAGG